GGUGUGGCCUGUAGAUGGUAUCACAUGAGCAUGCAACCAGGUAACCCAUUAAGCCCCUCACACCAUCACUUGCGUUCCAGUAGCUGUCUGCACUUCGACAAUGACACAUAAACUUCUAUUGUGGAUCUUUGCCCUAACUGCCUCCUGCAAUCUCUCAGUGAGUUAUGGUCCUCUUGAAGGGGUGAGGGACUAUGAGGUAGUCCGACCCAUCAGACUACAUACUCUGCAGAAAAGAGAAACCGAGUCAUCCAGGCCAGAAACUUUGAAGUAUGCAAUGAGAGUGGGUGGGAGAGACAUUGAGAUGCAUCUGGAGAAGAAUAGGGAAUUACUCACGAAAGACUAUAGUGAGACUUACUACACUGAGGAUGGCACACCAGUCACCUCUACGCCUCAGGAUAUGGAUCACUGCUACUAUCACGGCAGUAUUGUGGAUGACAGAGAGUCUACGGUCAGCAUGAGCACCUGCGAUGGACUCAGUGGAUAUUUCAGAACGGCCGCCCAAAGGUACCUGAUUGAGCCCCUGUCAGGGGGGGAUGAUGGUGAUCACGCAGUGCUGAAAUACGAGGACCAGAGCUUCAAGCCUAUGCUGUGUGGAGUCACUAAUACUACCUGGAACGAAGACUACCCUUCCAUUACUAGCAAGAGCCGUUCUCGAGCCUCAGGUCCAUCUAUACUUCAACAGCAAAAAUAUGUUGAGCUUGUCCUCGUUGCAGACAACCGUGAGUACAAGAAAAUGGAGAGUAAUCUCGGAAUGCUGCGUAAGAGGAUAUUUGAAGUGGUUAACUUUGUCAACAUGGUCUAUAAGCCCCUCAACACCUUUAUUGCCCUGGUUGGUCUGGAGGUGUGGUCAGACAGUGAUAAGAUAUCAGUGACCGCCCCUGCUGGUGCCACCCUGGACGCCUUUACCACGUGGAGGAACAACUACCUGGUCAAGAUUAAGCCCAAUGACAACGCACACCUCAUCAGUGGCAUUGACUUUGAGGGACCGACGGUGGGUCUGGCCUUCAUCGGGACUCUAUGUUCAGGUCAUUCAGCUGGGGUGGUGCAGGAUCACAACGCCAGGGCCAUAGCUGUGGGGGCCACAUUGGCCCAUGAAAUGGGCCACAACCUGGGCAUGAACCACGAUGACUCCAGUGCCUGUGCUUGUUCUGGGAAUAGCUGUGUAAUGGCUGGGGCCCUUAGCUGGGAUAUCCCAAAGUCAUUCAGUAGCUGCAGUAGUUUGAGCUAUGACCAGUUCCUGAAUAAUCGUAACCCUGAGUGCCUACUGAACAAGCCAGACUACCGAAAUGUGGAAUCAACCCCAGUGUGUGGGAAUGGCUUUCUGGAGAAAGGAGAGGAGUGUGAUUGUGGCUCCCUGGAGGAGUGUACAAACCCUUGCUGUAAUGCCACCAGCUGCACACUGACCAAAGGCUCAGAGUGUGCUGCAGGAGAGUGCUGUGAAGACUGUAAGAUCAUGGCCUCGUCCACAGAGUGCAGAAGGAAACAGGAUGACUGUGACCUAGCAGAGUACUGCACAGGGAAUUCAGCCGUCUGUCCUGAGGACGUCUUCUCUGUCAAUGGGAUCUCCUGUGACAGAGGGAGGGGCUACUGCCGCAACGGCCAGUGUCCACAGCAUCAUGACCAGUGUGUGAAAAUGUAUGGCCCAUGUAAGUGUGAAAGCAUUUCCCUCUGUCUCGUCAUCACGGAGUCACCUCUCAUCAGAUCAGCUGCUGAAAAGGCCACGACGUACUGCUAUAACCAGAACACCAGAGGACUGUACUACGCCUACUGCAGACGGCCUUCACAGGACCAGUUCAUCCCCUGCCAGAGCCAAGAUGUGCAGUGUGGGAAACUCUUCUGCAAGAAUGGUAAUGAUGACCCCAACUACGGUCGCAUGGUGAAAUUCUCCGACUGCAAAGCCACAUUCUACGGUGAUUACACCAGUGACUUUGGACAGGUGAACCCGGGGACCAAGUGUAAUGAUGGGAAGGUGUGCAGCGAGAACGAGUGUGUGGAUCUUGAGACCGCCUACGGACCCAAAGCCACCAACUGCUCAGCACGGUGCAAAGGACAUGCUGUGUGUAAUCACAGAAUGGAGUGCCAGUGUGAACCUGGAUGGUCACUUCCAGGCUGUGAUACAAAGGAUGGAAGCUUCACGGGCCUUUCCAGAGAAGGAGUGAUUGGCAUUGCAGUGACAGUCUCUCUGCUGCUCCUGGCUGCUAUUGCUGGGGCAGUGGCUGUGUUCCUAAAGAAGAGACGACAGUCCCCCACUCUGCCUAGCCACCAUACCCAGAAGAAAAUCCAUGAAGUGGACAACCACAUCCAUAACAAACUGCCAAUCCCCAGCCAAAACAAAGCUAUGCCACAGCAGCCCAAGCGACCAAAAGUAGCUCCGCCCCCACCCCCACCAGCUGCUAACCAAUCACAAGCCCCGGUCUGUGACUUCAGGGCCGCACGACAGGCUCUGAGACCACCACCACCACGUGUCUGAUGUCAACAUCUAAAGGAGAAGAGUGGAAACAGGAGGUCUCAAACCUUACCAAGACCUCAAAUGCAGGGCCACAACUGCCAGGCCAGCCAGAGCACAGUCAGCCCAGAGACCUCACUUCUUUGGGAUAAUUUUACAGAACCCUAUAGACUAGAGAGAAGUUGGCUCUGCCACCACUUCUGAAAAAGCCUGGUCCCAGUUCUCUUUGUGCUCUGGCUAACUCCAUUGCUCAUUGUUUGGCAUGACAAUGAGUGACAAGGAAUUGGCAUGAUGUCACAAAUAGACUGGUACUCAGGCUACCUAUGAAGCCCAAGGAAUGCGUUUGUGCCAAUGAUGUGCAUGAUGGGUAAACUCAGGAGUCCUCUUUAUGAGGAACGUCUUAAAAAUGACACUUUACUAUUUUAUACCUGUAAUUUAUUAGUGAGUGAUGUGAUAUGCAAUUUAUUUUUGUACUAUUACAUUUGUCUAUGGUGACUGUAUAUUCCUGACUUUGGCUGAGUACUGAGUCUACAGUGAAUAUUCUGUAAAAAAAAAAAAAAAUGUUUUUAUUUUUUUUAGAACAUACUUAAAUGCUGCACAACUAACUGCAACUCUGCAGCCACAGUCUGUGACUGAGAAUACAACUGCAAAAGUAUUCAGACCCCUUGGAUUGUCACAAAGUGGGAAUAAAAUUGAUGUCAUUUUUGCAAUCAACACAAAAUACUCAGUGCAAGUCAAGGAUUUUUUUUAAAGAUGAAUAAAAAUGUAACUAAAAUAGUCGUUGCGUAAGUAUUCAGCUCCCUGAGUCAAUACAUGGUAGAAAAAUCUUUGGCAUAGAUUACAGCUGUCAGUCUUCUUGAGGAAGUCUAAGAUAUUUACACACCUGGACUACUUAAUACAUAAUCCACAGCAUUGUAUUAACCAUGUUUAAAGAGAUAUUCAAUGUCUGGUAGAUGGGUAAGUAACAAAUCAAUCACUGCCCUUCUUUAAAACUUUCUAAAAGCUCCCUGGUCUUCGUAGUUGAAUCUGUGCUCGAAAUUCAAUACUUGACUGAGGGACCUUAAAUGUAUGUAUGGGGGACUGAGGAAGGGUUAGUCAUUCCAAAAUCAUGUCAACUUGGGAUUUGUUAAGCCAAAAUGUACUCCUGAACUAAUUUCGGCUUGACUAAACGAAGGGGCUGAAUACUUAUGCAACAAUAUUUAAGUACUGAAUUUAUUUAUUUUUAAAUUAAAAUAAAAGGUUUCUGAAAUCCAAGGGGUCUGAAUACUUUUGCAAGGCACUGUAUCUCUGUGUGAAAGUGUCUAAUUUGCAAUGACAGUAUACUAUUACUUGAACAGCAUUUUCUGUAAUCACAAUCUCUCUCGGAUUGUAAAAAGAUGCCACCUGAUUAACAUGUAAGGCAUAAAAUGUUUUAUUUUUGA